GUUUCACAAUCCUUUCGAUCUCUUGAAUCUCAAGUGCUAUAUGAGAGAGGGCAACUUGUAGGAAGGGAGUAACACCUCUAAACGACAAGUCACAAUACGACGAACCGCAGUUGAAGCCCGUCAAGACAACGAUCAUCAUGUGGCUUGUCAUAACGUUUAUCUUCUGUAUCCUACAGAUUACUUUUGGUCGAUAUCAUGAAAAAACGAGAUUCGAUCGUUCGUUGGAAUCCAGAGAUAUCUCACAAGUUUUGGAUCUUCAAUAUCUUGAGCCUAUCAGAUAUGUUGAUUAUUCGACGCGCUACAUUGCUCAUAAAGAUGUUAAUGAAAAUACAUGCUACUUGGAGAAAAUAAGAGAAAACCAAUGGAAAUCAUUUAUAAGUGGAAAAAAUUAUCCAACUAUUCUUUAUCCAUCAAGCUUGGAUAUGACAAGAGCUGAGGCAUUGAAAUUAGCUGGACCUCGAAUAAUGAAUUUUUGUGGUGAUUAUAUUAUUAAACUUCUCCAAGAAAUUCGUCAAAUACCAUCGAAUACUCAAGACUCGUAUUUUAACAAGAUUCCAUCUGAUGGUAGCAAUGUGUUUAGAAAACACGUACAGGAACGUGUUAAACGCGAAAAUGUAUUGGAAAAUUCUGAGCAAAUGAACCAGCGAUUCAGAAGACAAACUUAUCUGUCUGGCAAGUUUCGUGGUCAGACUCAAUCUCAAUAUUUAAAUUUUGGUGGAGAAGGAGAAAAAGAAGGAAAAGCAGAAGCUGAAGCAACAAACCAAUCUUCUCGGGCAGCUGUGAGUGGCAGGAAUGGAAUUGGACAAGCUCAAAGUAUGUCGUCAGGUGGUUCUGGAUGUGAAGACUGCCCAGGAUAUCAAACAUACGGAAUAAAUGCUCCAGGUAGAUCAACUUAUUCUACAAGCCAAUAUCCUCAACCAGACCAGUUGAACAUACAGAGUCCUGGAACACAUACUGGCGGAGUUUAUCAUCCAGAUACUACACCAGGAAAAUCCAUUACAUAUCCAGGACAAACAAUUUUCACCGGAGGCCAAACUUCAAUACCAGGAACAUAUCCGGGAGGUACAGUCACUUCUGGAGGACAAAUAGGCACAUCAGAUGUAUAUCCUGGUAGACAAAUUCCAUCUGGUGGGCAACAAAUGAUACCUGGAACAUCAUAUCCUGGAGGAACAAUACCUUCCGGAGGACAAAUAACUUAUCCUAGUGGUAUUAUACCUCCGGGUGGACAAACAACCAUUCCAGGAACAUAUUCGAGUGGCACUGUACCUUCCGGUGGACAACAAAUGAUACCAGGAACCACAGGAACUUAUCCUGGUGGCGUUGUAUCACCUGGCGGACAAAUGGCUAUGCCCGGAACAUAUCCGGGUGGAUCUAUUGUGCCUGGGGGUCAAACAAUUCCAGGAAUGUAUCCUGAUAGAACAGGGCCUACUGGAGGUCAAACUUCCAUACCAGGGACGUAUCCUGGUGGAUCGAUUCCAUCUGGUGGAACAAUUCCUACGGGGGGUCAAACUUAUAUGCCAGGCACAUAUCCUGGAGGAUUAAUGCCUACUGGUGGCCAAACUUCUCUACCAGGAACGUAUCCAGGGAGUACAAUUCCAACUGGCGGACAAGUAGGUAUGACAGGUACGUAUCCAGGAGGUACAGUUACUUCUAGAGGUCAAACAACUAUUCCUGGAACGUAUCCUGGUGGAGUUAUUCCGCCUGGAGGACAAGCAACCAUUCCCGGAGCAUAUCCUGGUGGAGUUGUUGCGCCUGGAGGACAAACAUCUAUUCCCGGAACGUAUCCUGGUGGAGUUGUUUCGCCUGGUGGACAAACAACUAUUCCAGGAACGUAUCCUGGUGGAGUUGUUUCGCCUGGAGGACAAACAACUAUUCCAGGCACGUAUCCUGGUGGGUCGUUGCCUACUGGAGGACAAACAACUAUUCCAGGCACGUAUCCUGGUGGAGUUGUUUCGCCUGGUGGACAAACAACUAUUCCAGGCACGUAUCCUGGUGGGUCAGUGCCUACUGGAGGACAAACAACUAUUCCCGGAACGUAUCCUGGUGGUGUUGUUCCGUCUGGUGGACAAACAUCUAUUCCCGGCACGUAUCCUGUUGGGUCAGUGGCUACUGGAGACCAAACUUCUAUGCCAGGAAUAUAUCCUGGUGGAGUUGUUUCGCCUGGUGGACAAACAUCUAUUCCCGGCACGUACCCUGGUGGUUCAGUGUCUACUGGAGGCCAAACUUCUAUGCCAGGAACUUAUCCAGGAGGUACAGUUAUUCCUGGAGGACAAGUAGGCAUGCCAGGGACAUAUCCUGGCGGAUCAAUGCCUACUAGUGGACCCCAAAUUACUUCUGGAGCAUAUCCGGGUAGAAUUGUUCCGUCUGGUGGACAAACAACCACACCGGGGACAUAUCCUGGUGGCGUUAUUCCUCCCGGUGGGCAACAAUUAGUACCAGGCACUUAUAUCACAUCAUAUCCUGGUUAUUCUACCUCUAAUGUUCCUGGAACAUAUCCAGUACUUACUCCGGGAACUUCCGUUCCCGGCCAUCCGGGUGCGAUUUCAACAGACGAUGACGCCGAUUCUCAUGCAAUGAGUUCGGUAAAGCAAACUGAUUCAGGUACUCACGCAAGUGCAUCAGCUGAUGGAAAAUUUGGCUCUGGAGUAGCUCAAUCUCAAGUUAGGGGAGUUUAUACUGGAUCUGGUUCUUUUGCUGCUCAAGCAGGUAUUAGUGAUUCUAAUAAAGGUGCUCAAACUCAAGUAGCUGGUGGAAAAGAAGGUGCUAUGAGCAGUGCUCAAGGUAUGGGCGGUAAAGGAAAAAGCCAGGCACAAGUUGAAUUGAAUUCUGAUAGUGGUGCAACAAAAACAGAAGCACAAAGUAGUGGUUGGAACCAUGGAACUAGUUCUCAAGUCCAGGCUAGUGUAAAAGGUGGAAUGGCUGAUGCACAAGCCAAUGGCGAAGGUAGUACAUCUAGCCAAGCUCAAAUUGGUUUUCAGCCAUACAUGGAAUCGAAUGAAAAAGAAAAAGUUCGAUCCAAACCAUUUAGAGGUGGAGGAACAGCUUCAGCACAAAGUGGAGCUUAUCGAGGUCAGUCUCAAUCACAACUUGAAGGAUCAUUUCAAUAUGGAAUAACUUAUACAGGAGCUGCUCAAGCAGGUUCAGGAUCUGGUGCAGCAGCAUCGAGGAAGCCUUUCAAUUUUACAAAUUCUGAUUCCAAUUUAUUCAAAAGUUUUGAAAAAUUUGGACCAAGUAAAAUUAGUGAAAAUGAAGAAGGAAGUACUUUUCCUCCAGAACUAGAAGAUCCAGUGACAGAAAAAAUUAAUCCUCUUAAAUCAAGUUCUAGUUCUAGUAGAAAAAAAAUAAUUUCUAAGAUAUCAUCAAGAGUAGAUGAUAAAUCAAGGGAAAGUCUAGACUUCGAAUCAAGGAAUGUAGAAUAUGCUGAUGAAGAUGAAGACGAUGAAAAUGAUGAAGAAGAGUAUGCAGAAGAAGACGAUCUCAUGCCUCCAGCAAAUGGAGAAUUAGAAAUGAAAACUUCUGGAAGUAAACAUAUAACUUCAAUGCAUCCUGGAAAUAGCAGAAGACUUGAUACGCAUGUAGAACAAAUUUCUUCAUCAAAGUUGAAAGAAGGAAGUAUUUUAGAAGCUGGUACUUCUUUACCUGGUUUUACAAUUCCUCAAGGUUUUAGAGGAAAAGUUACAUCAAUUUCAGAUCGAAGAGAUCAAGAAAAUGAAAAAUCUCAAAAACAUACAGUAUCGCCAAUAUUUAAUCACGACCGAGUACAGCAUAGUAAAAUACCUGAGAUGAGAUCUUUGAAUAAUGAACAUGAUAGAAUUGGAAGUCACAGUAGUGAAUGGGAUAAUAAUAGAUACUCGACGAAAUUUACAGGUACAAAUGGUAAAUUUAAAUCUAUGACUGUCGCACCUGUUAAAACAAAUUAUUAUACAGUAACAAAUAGUGUAGCUGGAAAAUUGGGAGAUGCACGCAAAAAAUAUGAACAUCGAUAUUAUACGAAGAGUUCAACUUGCGGAUAUUUUACAUUCUCCUGUGACAUUGUUCAUGGUUCGAAUGGAAGAACAAAGAUUUGUAAACCAAAAAUGCCUACAUAUCCUGAUGGUACACCAAUGAAAUGCUAGUGUUUUUUAUAUCUUUACUAGAGAAAUUUUAUUUUAUUUAUUUUUCUGUAGUCGACACUCAAUGCUUUAUUGCACUUUACUUUGAUUACAAUACUCAAAAAA